AUGCCGGUAACUCGAGCCGAAACUGCCAGACGUGUCAGUAGUAAUGACACACCCCCGCAAUUGUUCGAUCGAGAACUUGCGUCCGACCGCAGUAUGCUCCAACAACUAAUUGUUAGUGGUGAGUUUGACCCCUUCGAAAUGAUUCCCACCUCGCAGAAUAUCCAAAGUAUGGGUAUUCAGGAAGAUAUGGUUCCGCGAUGUCUACAUCUGUAUGAGAGUGGCGUGGUCUUUGGAGAGGAAGUUUGCCCUAAAACUUCAAUUUGCUUGGCUGAUAUUCUGAGUGUUAUCCCCCAAACCACGCGUGUCCCGAACGCGGUGCAAUACUUUAUACACUUCAUAAAAUCUUGGGACUUGGCACACUGCGUGCAUAUUAUUAUUGCACGUAGCCUUCUAGACGAGAAUGCCGGUGUACCGAUUUCGUUCAAGAUCAACGAGCUGGAAUUGUUUUGAGGUGGAUCUAAACCCCUAAAACCCUAAGGUGGGUUUACCUUUGAAUCUUUAAAUAAAAGAAAUAGAC